UGUGUUCUGACUGUGGCACUGAGUGGCGAAAACGUGGAUCAGGAACCCUUAGCACCAAUAACUUGGCGAGCGUCGCGGCCGUGACCGGCCGGCGAGCCGCCCCCUUCCCCCGCCGGCCCAGCAUGAACUCGGACAACCCGCUCAACAUCGCCGCCGAGACCAUCCACCAGGACAUCCGCAUGGACUCGGAGGACGACGACGAUGACGACAUGCUGUCGUCGCCCGGCUCGUACGACGACGACGACGGCCUGAUGACGGCGGGCAUGACCACGGACGAGGUCACGGCCCAGCUGGCCGCCGCAGGGCCCGUGGGCGUGGCGGCCGCCGCCGCCAUCGCGUCGGCGAAGAAGCGCAAACGCCCGCACGCCUUCGAGACGAACCCAUCCAUCAGGAAGCGCCAGCAGACGCGCCUCAUCAGGAAAAUGAAGCAAACGAUCGACGAGUACACCACCCGCGUGGGGCAGCAGGCCGUCGUCAUGUUCGUCACGCCGGGAAAGCCCAACAACAGUUACAAGGUGUUCGGCGCCAAGCCUCUCGAGGAUGUGAUGCGCGCGCUGCGGGUGCCUGUGAUGCAGGAGCUGGAGGCGGCGCUGUCGCGGCACGCGCCGCCGCCCGUGCAGGACGACCCGUCGCGACACGAGCUGCCGCCGCUCGUCAUCGACGGCAUCCCCACGCCGGUGGAGAAGAUGACGCAGGCGCAGCUGCGCGCCUUCAUCCCGCUCAUGCUGAAGUAUUCGACAGGUAAGGGUAAACCCGGCUGGGGCAAGAGCGCCGCCCGACCCGACUGGUGGCCCAAAAACGUCCCCUGGGCCAAUGUCAGAAUGGACAACCGGUCGGAAGAAGAUAAAGCCAAAGUCUCCUGGACGCACGCGCUCCGCCAGAUCGUCAUCAACUGCUACCGCUACCACGGCCGCGACGACUUGUUGCCGGCCUUCUCCGACGACGACGAGAAGUCGCUGCCGGGCAGCGGCACAGGCGGCUCUGGCGGCGGCGGCGGUGGCGGCCAGACGGGCGGCGUCAUCCGCACGGCGCCGCCCAAACUCACGCACCACGGCCUGAACGUACCGUCCCAGUACUCGCACACGGUGGUGCAGACCAUCAGCAACCCGGACGGCACAGUCAGCAUCAUCCACGUGGACCCCAAUAACCCGGUCAUCACGCUGCCGGACGGCACGCAGGCGCACGUGCAGGGCGUCACCACGGCGGACGGCCUGGACGGCGACGGCACGCACACGAUGAACAUCGACCUGAGCUCGGUGACCGAGGCCACCAUCAACGCCGAGGGCCACCUGGUGUUGAACGGCGUCAGCGACGAAGGUGACCCGCUUGGGUCCGGCUCCGGUUUCUCCGCCGGCGGCAUGGUGACCAUCCCCAUCAGCUCGUCCAUGUACCACACGGUGGUGACCAACGUGCAGCACGUGCAGCACGUGCAGAGCGCCGACGGCCAGACGCUACAGGUCGUCCACCCGGUCGUUCACAUUCCAAAGAUGGAGUCGGACGAGGCGGCCGAGGCCGACGAGGCCGAGCCGGAGCAGAUCACCGUCGAGAUGAUCGGCGAGUCGGACGAUAUCGAUGACAUCAGCCAGGUGUCCUCGGAGUGUUCGCCGCACCAGGUGGAGGAGGUGUGCUCUCAGGACAUUAAGCCGAUCGUCUCGGCGGCGAGCGAUUGAGCGCUGGCCGCCCUAGUUCAUCGUUUGUUAAGCGCGCGGCUGCGGCGGCGGCGGG